AUUUUGAAAAAAGAAAUAUCCGUUUUUAAAACGAAUCAGCACAGAAAAAGAGAAGAAGGAAAAACCACUCUCAAUCAGAAACGCGUUUCUUCUUUUAUGCCUCCGUUUCGAUUCUCUUUAAUUUUUCUCUGACUCAAUUUUCAUGGCGGAUCUCUACGGUGCAACCCCAUCUUCAAACCCGGAACCCGAAGAAAUCUCCACGUUCCUUGAUCAUCUCCUUCACAAAUCCUCUUCUUCGUGCAUGCAAGUCAAGGCCAAGUAUAUUCAGUCUUUUCCAUUUGAAGUGCCGGUAUUUUCAACUCCCACGGCUAAUUCCGUCGCCGGGAUGGAAAUUCCAGUUGAGGAUAGCUACCGAGUUAGCGGAUCAGCUGUCCGAGCCGAGUCAGAGCCUCGAGUCAAUUUCUCCGAUCCUAUAACAUAUUUUGGAGCCAAUGUUAAAGAUAGCGCCGACAAUGCGUUGUCUUCCACCGGAGAUUUCAGUUACGACAGCGAGGUUCAGGAAGCAUCGGAGACUCCGUCAAAUCAAGAGCGGCCACGUAGUUCAUCAAAGCGAAGCAGAGCAGCCGAAGUCCAUAAUUUGUCGGAAAAGAGAAGGAGGAGUAGGAUUAAUGAGAAAAUGAAAGCGUUACAGAAUCUAAUACCAAACUCUAACAAGACGGAUAAGGCUUCGAUGCUUGACGAGGCAAUCGAAUAUCUGAAGCAGCUUCAACUUCAAGUACAGAUGUUAUCAAUGAGAAAUGGAUUGGGUUUGUACCCGAUGUGCUUACCGGGAGUACUACAGGAAAUGCAACUGCCUCCCACCGGUUAUGACGGGGGAAAUGGAUUCUUUAGUCCCAACAAAAUAGCAGGCACAUUUUCUUCAAAUGAAGAAAACUUGAUGAACACUCCUUUUUCCAACUCAUGCAUCAUCUCAAAUCAGCCAAUUGUUGCACCUUCUGUAGCUAAUAUAUCCAAUUUGGAAUCUUCAUUUGGUUUUGAAGCCUCUGCUGAGGCACGGUAUGGAUCCUUCACCCCUUCAACAUCUUCCAAGGAACCUUUAGCAUGAAUAUGUAAUGAAUCCAUCAGAAAAUCUCUUGGAUCAAUGCAAGCUUUUUCAUUUUUCUUUGAAAAUGUCAAGGAAAUCUGUAAGGAAGGCCGGUCACAACUUCAAUUCAAGAUGAAUCAUGCUGGGAAUAACUCUUUACCAGGCAUGUCUUAGCCAAGCAGAAAUCCUAAAGAAACAGGAUGUAAAAAACUGAGGUCACCAUCUCUAAAUCUUCCUGUGGUUCAAACACUAGAAGCUGCAAAUGUUAUUGAAACCGAUGACCUUUUAUACUUGUUCAGCUUUAUAUAUGUUGAUGCUACUGACAUCUUUAUU